AUGCUGCCGCCAGACAUGAUGUUCUGUGCCCAGCAAAUCAUUAUCCCACCCGAGCUGCCCAACGUCCUCAAGAACUUCACCAAGGCAGCCAUCCGAACGCAGCCCAAGGACUUGCUGCAGUGGUCUUCAACAUACUUCCAUGCAUUGUAUAGAGGAGAGCGUUUGCCCGUCAAAGAGCGUUUUGAGAUGAACGUUGCCCCCCAGAAGACAGACACGAUGUACUGCUCCCAGCAAAUCAGCGUCCCGUCCGAUCUGCCCAUCAUCCUCCAGUGCUUCACCAAGGCAGCCAUCCAAACGCAGCCCGAGGACUUGCUGCUGUGGUCUUCAACAUACUUUAAUGGACUGUGUAAUGGAGAGCGCUUGCCUGUUGAAUAACAUUCUGAGAUGAACUGUGCCACCAAGAAGACAGACACUGGGCUGACUCCAGAUCUGCUUAAGGCUCUUCACAAAUCUACAGCAGAACCAAACCUUAUUGAACCGAUCACAUGAUCAAUUACUCACACUGCUGCUGCUGGAAGGGAAGCAAUGGAUUUAGUGCACUGCAUAUUUUCCAGUCUGUUAUUAUCGGUUAUGUAUGUUUAAUAUCCACAUUUAUUGACACAAUCUAUCCUGUAUUUGCAUAUUGUUGCAUUGUUGCAACAAUAUGCAAUGGUUAUGGAUCAUUACAUUUUUACAUUAUUGUUAACCCAUUUCCCCUCACCUGUGGAAUCGUUUUGUGGUGGAACCAUUCAAAUAAAUGAAUAAUUAAUAUUUCCUUAAGGCCAACACCUAAGCAACAGUCUUGUCUUUGUGAGGAUGCCUUUCUUCACGAAAGAGAUUUUACUAUAAGACUUACUAGCUUUGUAAUUCUUAAAAUGAUGUUUAUUUUAGGAAAUUGUCCUGUUGAUUUGAGACGGUGCUCAUAAAUAUUCCAGCUUGGAGCAAGAAUCAACUCCUCUUCUUCUGUAUGAAUCUUUGCUGUGUCUUAUUUACAUAGCUCAUUAUAAAAGUCAUUAUCACUGGUCCCCAGAACCAAUACUGCUGUUUAUUUAAACCAAUAACUGAAUGAUUUCUUUCUCCUCAACUCCCCUAACAACUACUCACUACAUCCACAGCUGUCCCAGAAGACAACUUGCAGCAAGGAGGAGCUGCAGAAGAAAUGGGAGGGUCUGUGAUUAGCAUGGGAUCAGAUGGAGACCCUGCUGUCGCUGGGCAGCUUCAGCUCAGAAUUUGAGUGGAUGGAGUUUUUCUCCUGGGCUGCAGCUCUCUGGGAGGGCUGAGAUGUUAUAUAAGGCCAGAAAGAAAUGCUAAUACCACUUUAUACAGCCUCAUUUGAGCCUCAAAGCCCAAUGUGAGACCAAGUACAGCUGCGUUUUUGCUGUCAUCUUGUUUUAUAGUGUUUAAACUAGCUCCCUGCGUCUGUGAUCCAGACUUCUCUAUCGGGGUCCCCAGACUCUGCAAAGAAAGAAUAAAUCCUUCUCUGACUAUGUGAGUCUUUGCAAUUCUAUUAAGCCAAGGAUUGGUCAGUAGAUGCAUAUAGAGCAGCAGCAAUUGAUCAAAGAAAAUACCUUGAAGAACUUGGCGGAUAAUGAUUUAGAUUCUGUAACUGUGAAUGCAGAUCACUAUUAACAACUUCAUGUGCUCAGUUUGAGGAGUGAGGAACAUUUUCCUGCUGUGAAUAGGUUCAUUGAACUCUUUGACCACAUGAGGGCAGUCAUGUUCUGUAAUGACAAGGUCACUGUCAGUGAGCUAGUCUAAUGUAAGUGUAUUUGCAAAGUGGGCCUGUGCUCGUCCUUAAUUGCUGAUUGUAUAUUUGUGUGUCACUUUUUUGAAUGUCGGGUUCUCUUUCUUAGACCCUCAGGAGUUCUCUGAAGUUCGCCUGCUGUGAGAUCCUGACAGAGGAUGAGGAGGACUGCACCGCGAUGAUCCCGUUCGACACCUUUGUGAAAAUUUGCACUUAUCUGGCUCGCCUGGACGGGGACGUGCCACAGGACCACAUUGACGACUUCCUCAGCAGCCUGCAGCCACAAGUGCAGGGAGCUCCAAACUGGGAUGAUAAAACCUCUGGACUUCAUCAAUCAGGACCACAUGAACGGAACCUCCUGACUCAUCAGACCUCGCCAGAGCCAAAUCGAGGCCUGAACAAGAACAGUCAAAGUGAAUUUCAAAAUAAAGUGGCUUGUCUAACAUUGAACCGCGAUGUAAGGAUUGUAUUGCCAUUGGCACAACCUCUAUUUGUCCAAAAUGCAUUUUAAACUGAGGAUUUUAUGUUCAACACUCAGUAUCAACCAAAUGCCUAAAAUUACAGACACUUGUCAAUC